CUCGCGCAUGUAGUGCGACGCAAAGCGGUGCCGCGUGCGCGCAGACGAGCGGGCUUUUCCUUCGCUGCUUCAAUUAAAUUGCGCGCACAGAAACGCCGAUAUAAAGCAGGAUGCCCGCGCACUGCCGUGGAAGCGUCGGCACAAAUAUCACCGAAAUCGCCACCUCCACCGCGUCUGUCGUCGUCGUCGCUGUGCGAAACCAUCAUGGACCCGCUCUCCCUCGCCGUCUCGGCCAUCACCGUCGUCCAGGUCGCCGCAAAGGUCAUCUCGUUCGCCGUCGCGUACGGAAAGAGUGUCAGCGCCCUGCCGGAGGAGGUCCAGUCGCUCGUGUCCGAAAUCGGGCUGGUCUCGAAGGUCUUGACGAAUCUGCACGAUACGCUGAAGGGCAUUGCGGCGGACGAGAAGACGGGACUGGUGGUCUCCAAGACUGAUUUCCUCAAGCCGCAUAUGGAUGAGUGUCAGGAACAGCUGCUGGUGCUCGCAUCGUUUUUGGAGAAGGGCCGCAGCAAGAAGGCUCGCCUGAAGAAUUUUGGGAAGAGGUUGAAGUGGCCGAUGCAGGUGGCGGAGACGCAGGAGUGGAUUGUGAGAAUGGAGAGGUUUAAGGGGAGUUUCUUGUUGGUUUUGGAGACGGAGAAGCUCGUCGUGAACAAGAAGAUGUGCAGUGAGGUGGUGGAUAUUAAGGUCGCUCAGGAGCGUGAGAGGGCCGAGAGACGGAGGGAGAAACAAAUCCAGAACUAUCGAGAUGCCGUCGCAUGGCUCUCGGCGGUGGAUCCGAGAGAGAACCACGACGCCGCAAAGAAACUUCAGCAGAAAGGCACAGGGAAAUGGCUUAUAGAGUCCGCCUCGUUCUUCGAAUGGAAGUCGGCCGACAGAUCAUUCAUGUGGCUGAGUGGCGGUGCGGGCACCGGCAAGACGAUCUUGUCAUCACUGAUCAUCGAUGCCCUGAUAGCCGAAGGGAUCCAUAAACCAAUAUAUUUCUAUUGCGAUUUCAAGGACAUCGAGAAAAUGACCAGAGCCGGAAUCUACGCAUCUCUGACGGCACAGAUCCUGGCGCAGAAGUGGACGGAGCUACCAGCCCACUUCGCCGAGUACUACGAGAACAACAAAUCGAAGCCGUUCCACGACUGGAGUCUUCGGGAACAACUACUAAUCUUGAUCGGGAUGAUGGGACGGGGGAGGAUUGUGGUGGACGCUCUCGACGAAUGUGCGGUGGAUGUGCGCAGGGACGUGUUGAUGACACUGGGGGAAAUUUACCAGAAGGGCCAGAUCAACGUGCUCGUCACCAGUCGCGACGAAAUCGACAUCAAGCUUGGCGUCGAGAUCAUCGGGGGAUCAAAGACGUGUAUCAAGGUCAAAGCUUCGGCGACGCAGAGCGAUCUGGCACUAUUCGUCAACGGGGAAAUCGAGAGGAAUGGCACGAAGCUCGCGCGGCUCAAGGAAUCGACGAAGCGAGAGAUCGAGGCGACGCUCACCGGUCAGGCCGACGGGAUGUUUCGGUGGGCGAAAUGCUCCCUGGACUACAUUUCGCGAAUGCGGAACGAUAAGUCCAUCAAGCAGGCGUUGAAUUCGCUACCGCCGGGGCUGAACGAGACGUACGACCGAAUUUUGGCACGGAUUUUGGACACGGACCGGGCGAUAGCGAUGCGAAUCUUUAAUUGGUUGACCUGCUCCCAACGACCAUUGCUCGUCGCAGAGGUGGUGGAAGCAAUCAGCAUCGAGCUCGGUAGCAGAAGUCUAGAUCGAGACACCCUCCUGAACGACCCCGAAGACUUGCUCGAUGUUUGCGGCAGCCUGUUAGAGAUCGACCAUGAUGCUGGGACCGUGGUCCUGGGUCACUUCUCGGUGAAAGAAUAUCUCACGUCUCUCGGAUUACGCAAUGGCAAAUACUCGGAGUACUUUGUCGAUGUCAGGCUCACAAACUUUUGUCUGGCGAAGCUGUGCGUAACCUACCUAUGCUUUGAGGAUUUCGCCUCUGGGCCCUGCGAGAAGACAGCCCAGUACGAGGAGCGCUGCCAAAGUCAUUCCCUGUACCAAUACGCGGCUCAUUACUGGCCGGAGCAUGCUAAGGAGCACGGUGAUAUCGACGACGAACCGUUCUUAUCAAUCAUGGAACACUUUUUCCUGGGGCCGGGGAUGGAUGGGAAUUUCGAGGCGUGGAUGCAAGCGCAUCAUACCAGUUACCGUGAGCACACUCAGUACCUCACCAGUGACCGAGGUCCGGGCAAUCGACUAGUGUAUGCGGCACGCUUCGGUUUAUAUUCGACUGUCCUGAUGAUGCUCUCAAAAGGCCAUGAUCCGAAUACAAUCUGCGAGUACAAAGGUCGGAAGGAACGUGUCACCAGAGUCCGUGAAGGCCACUGCGGCACACCUUUAAUUGCCGCGGUAGAGUCGGGGAAUAUUAAAGUAGUCGAGCUACUGUUAUCGAGAGGCGCGGAUGUCAACACGGUAGCCGGGAAUCCCGGCUCAGCCAUCAACAUGGCCAUCCGACAUGGCCGACGGGAUGACUAUGCCUUGAUGCGAUAUCUUCUGCAACACGGAGCAGACGUCAACCACAAGGCACCAAAUGUGAAGACGCCGCUCAGCAGGGCCAUCGAAACACCCUCGCUCGAAGCUACGAAGAUCUGCCUCGAGGCUGGGGCGGAUGUGAGCGUGCGCUCCAAUGAUACCGAUGAUCAUUGCAUGCUGGAUCUUGCAUGCUUCUACGGCGGUCCCCAGAUCUUCGAUUUGCUAUGGGAACAUGGUGCCGGAGAGUAUUCUAGCCCUCCUACCGAAACCAAGCCCACACCCGGGAUAGACGGUUGGUCCCUUUUUUACGCCUGCUGGCCGAAUUUCUUCGAAACCGCACAAAAGAUAUUGGAAAAGAACGGAGACAAGCUGUUUAAGGACCCAACUUGGAUGGAACCAUUGCUGUUUGUGAUUCGCUCAUCUGCCGCCUAUGGGUAUUACAAGUUCUUGGAACAGUUGAUGGCAUAUGCCGGCACGUCUUCAGAUUCGUACACGAUAGCCCUUCAAGAGGCAGCAAGAAAUGGGCGCGAAAAAACGGUCGGCAUGUUGCUCGAUAUCGGCACCAGCGAGAGCAAUCGCGGCUGUCCUUUGGUUCUAGCCGCAGCAAUCGGCAACCGCAAGACAGUCGGGCGGUUACUCGAGGCUGGAGAAGACCCUCUGGCGCUAAACGAACACGGGUGGUCAGCACUACUCGCUGCAACAAUACACAAACAGCCCGAGAUCGUCGAGUUGUUCAACAGCACCGGCAAGUACCUCGCAAGCGGGGAAUCUUCAGCUCUACCGCCGACUUCAUGGCAGAUAUCUACCAAAAUGCUUGAAUUUAUCGAAGUACCCUAUCCGAAAGUUGAAUUCGAGGGCUGGGAGGCCCACUCACUACCUGAAAACACGCACAAGUACGUGAUCUACACCGACCACCCUCUUGCUCCCCGGACUGGCUAUUGCUACUAUGAGAUUACAAUUUUGGAGGCUGGCACAGAUUUCUAUUUUCAAAUCGGCCUCUUCAGCAACCUCGCCCAUUACGAAAUCCAUGACCCAAGCGUGGAAUCGCACAUGCCACUCCGCUCUCCUUCCCGCGCACUGAGCUAUAGCCAUGAAGGCGAAAUAAAGGCAAGGGAUACCAGCAGUUCCGAUAACCCCACGCUCUCGGCCGGCAGCGUCAUCGGGUGUGCCGUGAACCUAGAGCUAGGACUCGCAUACUUCACUUGCGACGGAAAGCUGGUGGAUGUUCCCUGCGGCAAUGUCAUAGGAAUGGUUCAUCCCGCCAUUUACAUCAGCCCCGGGACAAAAAUCAAGGCAAACUUUGGCGAAGAGAAGUUUCGGUUCGAUACGAGUGUUUUGGAGACGCUGGACUACGGAGUUGAGCCGAAGGUGCGGUUUGAGAUUGAUGAGGACCCAGUGGAGCUUAUGUACGACUUUAGGAGGCCGGUGAAGAUGUACAUUGGAUGAAUGGAUGCGGAUUUAGACCUUUUUUAGGCGGUGGAUUUGGCGUUUGUAUAUUUGAUGUUAUGAUACCUGUUGGGCUUUCGACGCGAUUUGGAUGGGAGGGGAGGGUGAGGGGGCACACUGACACGCCCGAGUUUGGACUUUGUAUAAUAAUGAGGGAUAG